AUGUCAUCCCAACCACAAGAAGUAUCUGGUAAUGCUCCAUCUACACAAUCUGUGAGAUCGAAGGCUGAUCCUGCAUGGGAACAUUGUGUUCAAGUAGCUAGCAAAAACUCAAGUGGCAAACCUCGCUUGAGAUGUUUGUAUUGUGCAAAGGAAUUUGGAGGUGGAGGGAUACAUAGAAUGAAACAGCAUCUUGCGGGAAUAAAAGGAGAUAUAAUAAGUUGUAAAAAAGUUCCGGGUGAUGUUCGCUUUCGGUUGGGAGAAAAUUUGAAAGAAAUUGAAGAGAAGAAAGGUAAGAAACAAGAUAUAUAUGAGGAGGACAAUCCCUAUGGUCCUAGUGUCACACCAUUUGAAGGGGAUGCUCCAAAUUUGCAAGAGGUUCCUCCGACACAGAUUCAAACUCCUACUCCAACUUCUUCUCAGCAAAAUAUUCAAACUUCUGCCUUAAGACCAUCUCAAGCUAUGAAAAGAAAGCCAUCUGCACCAAUAGACAAAUUCUUUGCCCAAGGACAAGUCCAGGUGCACAACCGGGAAUUAGAAGUGCGUUUGCAGCCUAUGAUAGAUGCUAUUGCAGCUAUUGGACCUGGUUAUAAAGGGCCAUCUUAUCAUGCUUUUAGAACCAAAUUACUACAAGAUAUGAAAAAGGAGGUUCAAUUGUUAGUUGAUGAGUGUAGAGGCUUUUGGGCAGAAACUGGUUGCACAAUAAUGGCUGAUGGUUGGCAAGAUCAAAGAAAUAGGCAAUUGAUUAAUUUUCUUGUUUACUGUCCUAGAGGGAUUGUGUUCAUUAAGUCUGUUGAUGCCUCAGAUAUUGUGAAGGAUGCUCAAACUCUUUGUAACUUAUUCUUGGAAAUGGUUACAUUUGUUGGUGUGGAUAAUGUGGUUCAUUUGGUAACCGAUAAUGCAGCUAAUUAUAAAGCUGCUGGGAGGUUAUUAACUGACAAGCAUCCUUCUAUAUAUUGGUCUCCAUGUGCUGCCCAUUGCUUAAAUUUGAUUUUAGCGGACAUUGGCAAAAUGGCUCUUGUUACUAGUUUGGCAUCAAGAGCUUCAAAGGUUUCAAAAUUCAUUUACAAUCAUGCAUUUUUGCUUGCCUGGCUGAGAAAAAGAGAAGGUUGGAAAGAAAUCAUCCGUCCAGGACCUACACGGUUUGCUACCACAUUUAUUGCAUUAAAAAGUCUUCUUGAUCACAAGCAUGAUUUACAAGCCCUGGUAACUAGCAAGGCAUUUUUAGAUUCCAGAUACUGUAGAGAUCAGAGAGCCAAAGAUGUAACAUUGAUUAUAUUAGAUAACAAGUUCUGGAAUGAUUGUAAGAUUAUUGUUGAAGUUGUGAAACCACUUGUUCGGUUGUUGAGAAUAGUUGAUUCUGAUGAUAGGCCUUCACUUGGAUAUAUCUAUGAGGGUAUGUAUAGGGCAAGGAAAGCUAUCAAGAGUACUUUCAUGAACAAAAAAACUUUAUACAAGCCUUAUACAAGAAUUAUUAAGAGAAGGUGGGAUACACAGCUUCGUCAAGAUCUUCACACAGCAGCUUAUGUCUUAAAUCCUGCUUUUCUUUAUGACCAGGCUAACUUUUCUCAAAAGCCAGAGGUUAUGAAUGGAUAUCUUACAGUUAUAAAUAGAAAAGUAGCUUCCAAUAAGACCAAGUUCUUGCAAGAAGGCACACAGUACCAAAAUAGAAGUGGUAGCUUUAGUCAUCCUUUGGCCCUUGAAUCUGCAAAAUCAAUGCGACCUGAUGAAUGGUGGCGAUAUUUUGGAGGUAGUUGUCCAAAUGUGAAAAAGUUGGCUAUUCAAUUGUUAAGCCAAACUGCAUCUUCAUCAGGUUGUGAAAGGAAUUGGAGUGUCUUUGAAAGAAUACACUCUAAGAAAAGGAACAGGUUGGAGCAUAAAAGGCUGAAUGAUCUUGUCUUUGUUCAUUACAAUUUUCGUUUGAGGAAUAGAGUUGUUAACAAGAACAAAACUUUUGAUCCUAUUGAUUAUGAAAGUAUUGAUAAGAUUGAAUACUGGAUAACUGAAGAAGUUGAUUCUCCUCCACUUUCAACAUUUCGUGCUGAUGAGAUCGAAGAAGACAUCAUUUAUGAUGAUACAACACUACCAAUGCCAAAUGUUUUCAUCAAUGAAGAAGAUAAUUAUGAAGAGAGAGGCAAUGAGGCUCAAGUUGAGGAUAGAUGCUUUGACAUUGGAGUUGGAGCAGGUGUUGAUUUGGGAUCAUUUUCUCAACAAGACAUUGAUAGUCACAGUGCAGAGGCUGCAGACCCAGAUGCCUUUUUGGAGACUCAUGCUUGGCUUAAUCAAGAUCCUCUAAUAUUUGACAAGUCAUGA